UUUUCCUCGCUCACCUUUUUUGUGUUUUUUUUUUCUAUUCCCUCUCCUGUGCUUAUAAGUUAUUGUAUUCCAGAUUAAUUUAUUACCGCUGAAGAAGUUAAUGCCCGAGCUCUCUCUCUCUCUCUCUCUCUCCUCUCCCUUCUGCCACUUUCAUUCAUUAAUGGUUUCGACCCGCUCGCUCAGCUUCUCCACCAGAUCGAUCCCUUGCUGUCUAAUGCCAGUAAGCCUUGCCGGAAACUAGUUCGAUACCAAGUUCAGCGGGCCUGAAGCCGCAAAUAAUACAGAGAACGGGGAGGCUGGUGAGAUCUAGCCGUUUUUAUCGGCUUUCAAGUUCUUGCUGUGGUGAAAUAACUGCGUUGUUAUGCCGAAUCUGAAUGAGGAAGACGAAACGUUGAUACAUUGAAGAGAGGGGAAACCUUAGGCUUUCCUAUUUCGGAGAAAAUAAUGGGGGCUGAGAAGGGAGGGCCAAAGAGUAGAGGUUUCUUUCACAUCUUUGAUUGGAACAGGAAAUCGAGGAAGAAACUCUUCUCUGUUUCACCUGAAAGCACGAAGCAGGAUAAGAGAACAGAAGCCGACUUAAAUGGCAUAAAACUUGUAUUGGUUGAUGAAGAUGAAGCUGUUGGAAUAUCAAGCAUAAAAGAUAGCAGUGACUACAGCUGCGCUUCUUCAGUAACGGAUGAACGAAAUGGGAUCAGGGAACCAGGAGUAGUAGCAAGACUUAUGGGUUUAGAUUCAAUUCCAACUUCAUGCACUUCUGAACCAUAUUCCACGCCUUUUCUGGAUAUAAGAUCUUUGAGUCACAAAAGAAGUCCUGAUUUUUUAAUAAAUGACCAAUUCAAUCAUGUUCGUAGUAGAAUAGAGGUCCACAGCAGGAAGCCAAUGGAAUUUAGGUGUCAGAAGUUGCCAAGCAGCCCAAUUGAAAGGUUUCAAAUAGAAGCAUUGCCUCCGAGAUCAGUUAAAGCAGUUCCACAAAUCCAUCACAAGCUUAUGUCACCUAUCAAAAACCCUGGGUUCAUCUCCCCUGAAAAUGCUGCGCAUAUAAUGGAAGCUGCAGCUAAGAUUCUUGAGCCAGCCCUUCCAGUGAAGACCAAAGCCAAGGUUUCUUCUUCAUACGGACCUCUUAAAGUUUCUGAACCAAGAGAUAAGGUAGCUUCUUAUCAAAGGACAUCGAGGGUUCUAGAGUCAGGUAGAAGAACUGUUGAAUCUAGUGAUAUGAAGUACUUAAAAGGACAAUCUCUAAAUAGGAGCUGGAAUGGUUCAGAAGGUUGUUCCUCUCAGGAUAUUAGUGAUACAAAUUCAUUGAAUGGAAUGGGUAAGGGUAAAUCUGUUUCCCUGGCAAUUCAAGCUAAGGUAAAUGUCCAAAAGAGGGAAGGCCUGAGCAUAAACAGAAAGAAUGCAUCACUAAUUGCAAAAGAUGCUGAUGAAGUUAAAUUAAACCAACCAUUCAAGGGCCAGCAAAGUAACCACAGGAUUAAGCAGCAGAAGAAAACUUCUGUAGCUGGUGGAUCUAGCGUGUUGAGACAAAAUAACCAGAAGCAAAACUGUUUGUCAGGGAAAGGCAAGGUGACUUCGAAGCAGUCAGUUUCUAACCACCAGGAGAGAAAAAAUAUCUAUGGAGACGCUUCUUCAAGGAAGAAUGAGAGCUCUAGUAAGUUGUCAGGGAAUUCCAGAUUUGUGUGUAGGGAGGAAACUUUAGAUACGUGUACUACAGAACUUGAUGGUCUUUUAUCUAGCAAUAAGAACUUCCCUCGAAAGAAGAGGUUGACCGAAAGGGGUUUCAAUUCUCAGAGAAACUCUUUUGUUGAUAACAUUGCAUCUAAACCAAAACAUGUUCAAUCAGACGUCUUGAUCGAUGAACAAUCAAGGUGGAACAAACAUAUUAAAAAUGAUGGUGCUGAUGUUGUAUCCUUUACAUUCAACUCUCCAUUAGUAAAGUCUAGACCUGGAGCUCCAUCAUUCAUUCCAGCUGAGGAAAAUUGUGACAAGAGGAACAUUUGCGCCACUGAUAUUCGGAAGAAUGAUCUUUCUGCAAAGCAUAUCUCAUCUUAUGGCCUUAAUGUGAUAACUGGUGAUGCUCUAAGCAUUCUGUUAGAACAGAAACUGAGAGAGUUAACAUCUGGUAAUCAGUCUUCUUAUUGCAAUUUUAUUGAAGCUGCUAGCUCCUCGUCUUCUAUACCUCUCAAACAAGAGAAGCUAUGUGAUAUUGAUUCUGGAAGCAGUAAUGCUGUAGGACAGGAGAGGCAAUUUAAGCCAAGGUCUUCUGGUAGAGACCAUCAGUCUCUUACAUAUUCAUGUGGUACUUCUUCCACAAAUGGGCAGGUGUUUGGGUUGACUUGCAAUUUGCAGGGACUUGAAGAAGCAGAAUACAGCAGGAACAGUAACGCCUGGAAUCAAGCUGAUAGUCUGCAGCCAAGCCCACUUUCCAUUUUGGAUGCCUCCUUAAGUGAAGGCUCCAACUCGUCCCUUAAUAGUACCAGCUCCAAUGGAAGCAACAUGUCCUUGCGCUCUGUCCAAGCACAGAACAUCAGCAGCUCAUACACCGAAAAUAAAAUUUUUUCAUUGGAACCUAUGUUGGAACAUUCAUAUUCAUCAUCCUCUUCAUCACCGUCAUCGGUCAGAAGUAUAUUUUCCUCAGAAAAUCAAUCAAACCCCCGAAAAUCAAACAAUCCGGACUUAAAUUACGUCAGAGACAUACUAAACAACAGAAGAAUAUGCACCAUGGAUUCAGCAUUGCGUCCUCUGGAUCCUCAUCUCUUCAGCAAGUUAGAGAACAAGAAAGGCAAGGAUGGGAGGAUAAGAAGGAAAAUGAUGUUUGAUUGCGUGAAUGAAUGUUUGAAAAGCAAAUACAGCCAGUUUUUGAGGUCAGGAUACCAAGCCUGGGCUAGUGGGGAAGCUUUGAUUUCUGAGCACAUGGCAGAAAAUUUAUAUGAGGAAAUUUCAAGGUGGGAAGGCUUUGGUGAUUGCAUGGUUGAUGAGUUGGUGGAUAGAGAUAUGAGCAGUCGCAGAGGGAGAUGGGUGGAUUUCGACACUGAAGCUUUUGAACUAGGAGUGGAAAUGGAGAUGGAGAUCUUUACUUCUUUGGUUGAUGAAGUCUUGACUGAUAUUUUCGUUCAGGUUUGAAUUGUUAGCCGUUAAAUUUAGCAUUUGGCCGACAACUUUCUCUGCCUCGCUUGAUUAAGAAUGGAUGGUUCGGUUGCUGACAAAGCUAGUAAUUAUUGCCCCAAGUAGCGAUAAAGGAGACAGCUUUCACAUCUAUUAUUUUAAAAAUAGGGAUUUGAGUUUAUGACAGCAUGUGGGGAUGGUUGAUCCAUGUAGUUCUUUUUUUUUUUUUUUAGGAGGCUGUUGUAUGAGCUGAUUAUUUGACUUGGAAGUCAAAUCAUGUCAUAGAGAUAUAAUCUUGAUUAAAGUCCUCAAGAGAUGAGCAACUCUGUUGAUUUGUUUAGUUUAGCUUGUGACUUUUUUUUCCGAGGCUAUUUGUAUUAAUGGCCUUUAACAUAUACCAACCUAAUUCUUAAGUAUUUA